AUGACUUUUGAUGUUACCGACAACUUUUCGACUAAGGUGUGGAUGAUGACAAAGGCGCGGGGCAUGGGAAAUGACACAUUAUGGGGGAGCAAAGUGAGUUGCACAACAGACAGUUAUGUGACAUCUACGACUCGUGUACAUGAACGAAUACGGGAAAUAGGUGUUAUAGAGGUGGAAUCCGCCAUAGCAAUAUCCAGUCCAGGAGUAGUGGCAGCUGCCACACCGACAAAACCAGACCCGCAUGAGCCAUCGUUGUCCUUUUUCAUGCAUGACAUCUUAGGUGGAUCACACCCAUCAGCUAGGGUGGUGACCAGUGUGAUUGUCAACUCAGAAAUCAACGGCAUACCAUUCUCUAAUACCAACAACGACAUUUCCCCCGAUGAUUGGGGUGUUACAGGCGGCAACAUCCAAAGCUUUAACAACCUUAUUAACCCCAACAAUAUACCCUUCUUAAUAGGCCUAAUCAGUGCACAAACCAAUGAUGUCAUACAAAACACUGGCAAAAACGACAACAUCCUCAACUUCGGCAUCCAACAUUUCGUCACCGUCAGACAACUCCCACCUGAAACUCUUCAAAGGCUCAUGUUCGGGACCAUAACCGUCGUCGAUGAUGAAGUAAUUGAACCACAUGAGUUAGGGACAGCUGUGUUGGGCAGAACACAAGGGUUCUAUUUGGCUAGCUCAUUGGAUCAUAACAGCCAAGCCAUUACGUUGACAAUUGUGUUGCAUGGAGGCGAACACGAAACUGAGGAUGUAACAUCCUUUCUUCGGACCAUGUCGCCCGAAUCACAGAUCACAAUGGUUUGUGGAACCGGGAAGUACGAGCACGCAAAAGGGUACGCCACGGUCGAGACCCUUCUUCACCAAGAGGAUCAACACAUAACCGAUGGUGUGGAUACGAUGUUGCAUUUCAAUGUUGACCUCAUCGAGUAG